AUGGAGGGGAUUAGUGGGUACAGCGGAAAUCAGUCUGGAGACGAGAUAGAUUUAAUGGAACGCACCCCUCUUAAGAUGGAGGGUGUCCGCUUAAUCCCCCCUCCUACGUACACCGAUGUCGUGACGUCCGAUACUACGGAAAACCUCCUCAGUAUCCACCAUGAUAAGUAUCCUGCGGAAAUCGGCCCGCCGUUACAGGAUACAGGUGAGUCGACCGACGAAUCUAGUCCGAGGAGCCAAAGCAGUGACUCGUUGGUGAAGCCGACCUCAUCACUUGUCUACAAGAUCAGUGAUAACCCUCCAAUUCAUCUUACCGUCGUAUUUGCAUUCCAGCAAGCACUCCUAGCGUUCGCGACCCAGUUGGUCAUUUCCCUACUUGUGGCACAGGCUGUCAAUGGCGAACAUGAUCCUGAGCUCCGUGGUAGCUUGCUCAGUUCUACAAUGUUCAUGUGUGGCUUUACAACCAUGACCAUGUCCUUAUUUGGCAUUAGGUUGCCAAUAUUCCAAGGUGGAGCGGCGGAGUAUAUCAUACCACUGUUAGUUUUACAAGAUGAAGCUCAAAAACAGAAAUGCGACGCCAUGAUUGGUACUACAGGCACGAACAAUACCAGUAACUACACAGGAAGCCCAUUGUUUUACUCCAACGACACUCAUUAUCAAAUGAAUGUCACAGCCAUGGCGGGUACAGACAUCCUUCAAAGCCACAAGGGCGUCGAUUUCCAAAAACUACGAGGGAUGAUGGGGAGUCUAAUGAUAAUAGGAUGUAUCCACAGUAUGAUCGGACUGACUGGGUUUGUGGGAAUCUUGCUCAGAUUCAUCGGCCCAAUCACGGUCGUACCGACGCUUUUACUAGUUGGUUUGUGGGUGGCGAAGAUGACCGCAAAAUUAAUAUCUGUACAAUGGGGAGUAGGGGCUAUGUAAGUAAAAUGUUAUGUUUCAAUCUUUUCAUACUUAGCAAUACCAGUUCCAAUCAUUAGCAAACCUAUAUAUCUAUAUAUUAAGUAUAUAUCAUAUGAGUAUAACGUAUAUCAGAUAA